CUGGAUGACAGGUUCAUGGCUAGGAACUACGGGAAGCAUGCAAUGACGAGGCAUCUCGACGGGUUCGACUGGGAGGUGAUCGUCCUGGAAGAUAGGCAGGUCAACGCCAUGUGCGUCCCAGGCAAGAUCGUGGUCUACACUGGAUUGCUCGACUACUUCAAAACUGAUGCCGAGAUCGCCGCUGUGCUAGGGCAUGAGGUCGGACACAUUAUUGCGAGGCACACGGCGGAGGCGGUCACCAAGAGCUUGUGUUCUUAUGCUGUGCAUCGACUUGUCAUCGGGCGGGUCAGUGACAGUCCAGACUUGUUGAGGGGUGUAUCGAAAUUACUGUUCACGCUGCCCUUCUCACGAAAGAUGGAGAUAGAGGCAGACCAUAUUGGAAUGUUGUUACUUGCUGCAGCUGGUUUUGAUCCGCGCAUAGCCAUUGCGGUCGAAGAGAAGCUAGGAAAGAUCUCAAGAAAUUCAGAAUUGAAAAACUAUCUCUCUACACACCCUUCAGGUAAAGAAAGAGUGCAAUCCUUGUCGCGGGACAAAGUCUUGAACGAGGCGAUGGAAUUAUACAGGGAAGCUAGUCCCGUCAAAGAAGCUGAACGUUUCUCCAUUCCUGACCCCUUCGAUAUUAGGGGCAGGCGAAGCCAUGGCUGGAAAUGGUAG